AUGAGGAAACCAGACUUGCUCAUAAUCGAUUCGACGGUUCGGGAUAUUGACAUCGCCCGCCGUCGAGCAUUGUCCGCGAAGGUCAACCUACUGUACUAUGACUGCCCCACGACUGAUGAAUUCAAAGAGCGGAUGAAACCUGGCGGCAUUUAUGCCAAUGUCGUGGCCAUCAUGCGCAAUGGCUGGCACAAGGCUGGUCCUUUGGCUAAUCAACGCCCCUUUGCUGCCGACGUCGUGCCUUACUUCCCGACAUCGCUGAAGCUCAUAGCCUGCAGCGGACACGGAUACGACGCCGCGGAUAUCGAAGGAUUGAACGCCCGGGGUAUUUUGUACUGUAACACACCAAAUGCGUGCACUGAAGCCGUUGCUGUGACCGCUUUGUCUCUCAUUGUCGACUCGUUCCGCUUCCUGUCUUUCGCGCAGUGGUGCGCGAGGUACGAUUGGAUGAAGAGUCGAGAGUUGGGCCCUAUAGCUGUCGAUCCUACGAAAAAAACUUUGGGUAUCGUUGGACUUGGAGACAUCGGUUUGGCUGUGGCCCAGAAAUGUGAAGCCGCGUUCGAUAUGAAGAUCCAUUACCAAGGCCCAAGACCCAAACCCGCAGCCGAAAGCUCGUUGAAGUACGGUGCUGUGUACCAUCCAACAGUCGACGAUAUGAUUCCCGAGAUUGAUUGCAUUGUUCUUGCUGCGCCGUACACCAAGGAAACACAUCAUUUGUUGUCGCAUAAGCAAUUUUCGCUCGCGAAGAAGGAAGGUUUACGGGUGGUCAACAUUGCCAGGGGUGCCAUGAUUGACGAGGACGCCUUGAUUGAGGCUCUUGAGUCUGGGCGCGUUCCAGGGGCUGGACUUGACGUGCACGCUAACGAGCCAGCGGUCAAUCCCAAACUUAGGGACAACUGGAAGGUUGCUCUACUGCCCCAUAUCGGGGUCUGCUCGAAGAGUAGCUGGAAAGACUUUGAGAGGAUUAAUUUGGACAAUAUCGAGGCAUUCUUUGCUACGGGGAAGCCAUUGAGAAGUGUAAAUCAUAUAAGCUAG